CAUCCUACCCAUAUAAAAAGUUUGUAUUCAACGUGGAAGACUUUGAUAAACUAAAUUCACUUUCAAAUAUUUUAACCAAAACACUUUGCAAUGAAAUCACAGAUUCCAUCAUACCUAGAGUCUCACAGAGCUUUGUUUUACAAGGUUGCAAGCAAACAACCAAAGCCGACAUAUACUUUCUUCUGGAUGAAUCAGGAAGUAUUAACAGUAAUGAGUUUGACGAUAUGAAGAACUUUACUAAGCAAUUGCUUGAAGCAUUUGAGGUUGGAAAUAACCAUGUGCGCUUUGGGUUGGUGAAAUUUGCAAGCAGCGCAACCAUAGUUUUUCGAAUACAUUACUAUAACACAAAAGCUGAUAUCGAAAAGGCAGUGACAUCCCUCAGAAAUAUGGGAGGGGGCACCAGGACUGAUUUGGGGUUGAGAGAAAUGAUCCCGCUAUUCGAAGAAGCUGUACGAACACGUGGGGAAAAGGUUCGUAAGCUCCUGAUUGUCAUCACAGAUGGCGAGUCAAUAGGCACAGUAGAGUCGGUAGAAGUCCCUGCUAAACUUCUGAGAACAGAACAGAAUGUCAUCAUUUAUGCUAUUGGUGUGAAAGAUGCAUCUGAGCCAGAGCUGGAAUUAAUAUCUGGCAGCCCACAAAGAACAUUUUAUGUCAAAAACUAUGAUUUCCUUGAUGAAAUCAAGAAAGACAUCAUUACAGAAAUAUGCGGUUGUGAAGGUCUUUUUGCAGAUGUUGUCUUCCUGCUUGAUGGAUCAGAAAGCGUUAGUGCUAAGGACUUUGAAAAUAUGAAGGACAUAAUGAAGCUUGUGAUAGAUAGGUUUGUAAUUGGACCGGACAAGGAGCGUGUUGCGGUUGUUCAGUACGGCACAGACCCAAAUGAGGAGUUUUCCUUAAAUACAUUUGACGAUAAAGCUGUAUUAUUACAGAAAAUUGGAAAUAUCAAACAGAUGAAGGGAAAAGCGUACACUGGAAAAGCACUUAAAGAAGUAUUACAAUCUUUCGACAUUUCUAAAGGAGGACGUUGCAGUGCUUUUAGGUUCUUGAUAGUUCUUACAGAUGGAGAGAGUAUCGAUGAUGUAGCCGAGCCUGCUAAAGUCUUGAGAGACAAUUUUAUCAACAUUAAUGCUAUUGGUAUGAGACAUGCAGACAGAUCUCAGAUUUUUGCCAUUGCUGGAUCCCAUGAUGGAUCCCAUGAUGGAGUGUUCUUUGAAGGCACAUUUGCUUCCCCAAAAGACUUGAGCAAUGACGUCCUUCUCAAGAUCUGCAACUCAGAAUGCAAGACACAAAAAUUGAUUGACAUAAUCUUCCUUGUUGAUGCUGGAAGUCCCAAUAAAGAUGGUUUUCAAGAAAUGAUAAACUUAAUGAAAUAUAUGGUGAGAAAGUCUGUGGUUGGAGAAAAAGGGGCACGAUUUGGCGCCAUCACCUACUCUGACAACCCUCGUUCAGAGUUUACACUAAAACAGUACUACAGUCAAACUGAUAUUCUGAGGGUUAUCUCAAACCUCAAAGCUUCAGGAGGAACAAGAAACACGGUCCGAGCACUGAACUAUGCACUCUCCUACUUUGGUGAAACACAUGGUGGACGACGGGCAAAGAAUGUUCCCCAAGUGCUAUUUCUGAUUACAGAUGGCAAGGUUAAUGACUUAAGUGGUCUGGCAACAUGGCUUGAAUCCCUGGCAAAGUCAAAUGUCAUCUUUUUUGCUAUUGGUACCGAAGAUGCCGAUAAGAAACAGCUAAAUGAGAUGGUGGGAUAUGAAGGAACAGUGCACUAUGCGAACACCUACCAGGAUCUGUGUGGACUACAAAAAGGGGUCGCCCAAGAGCUCUGCAAACCAAUUUGUGAGAAGAAGCUUUCAGACCUUGUUUUUUUAAUUGAUGGAUCAGAGUCUAUUAAAAAUGAAAGUUGGAAUACUCUCAAAAGAUACAUGAUUGGCAUUGUGAGAGAGCUGGAUAUUGCUCAAGACAAAUGGCGAGUGGGUGUUGCCCAGUUCAGCGAUAUACUCCUGCAUCACUUUUACCUGAACACAUACACUAGUUUUGCAGAAGUGAAGGAAGCUAUAAAAAAUAUUAAUCAGCGAGAACAGGGCACAAGUACUUGGGACGCCCUGAGAAAUAUUAGAUACUACUUCACAAGAGAGAAUGGAUCCAGAAUAGAGGAAAGUGUUGCUCAGAAUCUCCUGCUGAUCACAGAUGGAGAUGCUAAAGAUAAGGAAGACUUGAAUGCAUUAGAGUAUCUCAGAAACAAGGGCAUAUCAAUAACUGCCAUUGGGAUAGGCAAAGAAAUAAAGAAAUCUGAGCUGCAGAAAAUAGCUGGAGAUAAUCGGGUCCUUAUUGAAUCUUUUGAUGGCCUUGAACUGAUGACAACCAAAAGGAAAGUGUUACAUUUACUCUGUAGAGACGAAAGACAGGAUGAUCCCACACAUGACUGUGAUAUUGACAUUGCCUUUGGGUUUGACGUGUCCAGACGAACAAGCACGCAAACUCUGUUCAGACCUCAGGUGGAACCAUUGGUUUCUGCAGCCAUCCACCGUAUCUCCAUGAUGGGUGAUCUGUGCUGCAUCAUGAAGGACAAGAUUACAACUAGAUUUGGCUAUAGGCUUGUGUCUGGGCGAGAUGGGAGUGUUCUUGAUGAUUUUGGCUUUGAGAAGUACAACGAGGAUGUGGUCAAGAAAUUGAUGUUAUUGGGACCUACGGCAUCCCUGGUCUUCAACGAGCUUCUGUUAGAUUCCUUCAGAGAAAUGUUAGCCUCCUCCAAAGCCAAGGCAAAGGUUUUGAUAAUCUUCACAGAUGGGUUGGAUGAUGACAUUCAGCGUUUAAUGGCGAGUUCAGAGAGACUUAAGCAAAGUGGGGUCAGUGCACUGCUGAUUGUGUCUUUGGAGGGAAUAAUGGACGUUCACCAGCUGGAAUUUGGCAGAGGUUUCGGCUACGUGCAGCCACUGACCAUCAACAUGCUAAAUUUAGGCAACGCUCUUAUGAAACAGAUUGAAACAGUAGCGCUGAGGAAAUGCUGUGAUGUGCCUUGUUCAUGCACCGGUGUACCUGGACCACGAGGACCCCCUGGAAGCUCGGGUGAAAAGGGCUUUGAUGGUCAGAAGGGCCAUCCUGGAUUUCCAGGAGAUGAAGGUAGUAUGGGAGAGCGAGGACCACCAGGGCUGAAUGGAACUAAGGGACACAGCGGUUGCCCUGGAAACAGAGGAAUAAAGGGCCAGAGAGGCUACACUGGAAAUAAAGGAGAAGAUGGGGAGGAUGGGCUGGAUGGAGUGGAUGGAGAACAGGGUGAUGCUGGCCUAAAUGGGCUUCCAGGACCUAAAGGAGACCCAGGCAGUGCUAAUAUGAAGGGUUUCAGAGGCAGUCCUGGACCUAAGGGACACAGCGGAGUGAGAGGAGAUCCUGGUGCACCAGGAAUAGACAACACAUUUCCAGGUACAAAAGGCGAGAGGGGAGAUACUGGGCUCCCGGGUGACCAGGGCACUGUUGGACCCCCAGGCAGACCUGGAGAUAACGGUGAUCCUGGUGCUCCAGGAAGAAAAGGCCGACCAGGAUUGCCGGGUGAAUCUUCAAAUGAAAAAGGAGAAGCUGGACAGCGAGGGCUUCCUGGUUAUCCUGGACAAGUGGGACCACCAGGCUCAAAAGGGUUCCAAGGAGACAAUGGUCCUCCGGGUGCACCUGGAAUUCAGGGUCCCUUUGGCCCACCUGGACCUGAAGGUUCAAAGGGAGGUCGAGGAUCCAGAGGGCCAAGGGGUCCACCAGGUGACCCGGGGCCCAAGGGAACACUGGGACCAAAGGGAUUCAAAGGGCCUCUGGGACAAGAUGGAAGAGACGGGUAUGGACCUGCAGGGCUCAAAGGACACAAGGGAAACAUUGGAUACUUUGGCCUCCCUGGUUUGCAGGGUGAGGAUGGUACCGAAGGAUCCAGUGGAAGUAAAGGACAUAAAGGUUAUCGAGGAAAACCGGGAAACACUGGUCUCCGAGGUCCUCCAGGUGCUCCAGGAGAGAAUGGGAUGGACGGACACAGGGGUGAAAAAGGAGCUCCUGGAAUCAGUCCAAUGCCUGAAUGUGACCUGGUCGAACACAUACGCAAAAACUGUCCUUGCUGCUCCGGUAAUGGUACCCGGUGUCCAGUUUACCCCACAGACCUGGUGAUAGCAUUGGACAUGUCUGCGGGUGUGACUCCUCAAGUGUUCGAGCGGAUGAGUUCUGCGGCCCAAUCUUUAUUGGAAGACAUUUCCAUUGCUGAAACAAAUUGUCCAUGGGGAGCUCGAGUGUCUGUGAUCUCCUACAGCAGUGAGUCCAGGAACCUGAUCCGUUUCACAGACCACCUUAAGACGAAGAGCCUUCUGGAAGCUGUAAGAGCAUUGGCUUUUGAGAGAACCACAAAAACCAGAGACAUCGGACAAGCCAUGAGCUUUGUGGCCCGGAACAUCUUCAAACAUGUCCGAAAGGGCAGGCUUAUGAGGAAAGUGGCCGUGUUCUUCACAAACGGGCCGUCGAGGGAUGAAUCGAGCCUUGCAACAGCCAUGUUGGAGUUCAAGGCUGCAGACAUUGGCCUCGGAGUGAUCGCCUUAAAUCCUGCUGAUGAUGUGAGCCGAGCAAUGCAGGUUGAUGACACAGGAAGCUACAUUAUCGUUGAUGGCAGAGGAGUGAAUCGCAUUAAACAGUGCAUCAUUUGUUUUGAUCGUUGUAACCCAGACCCAGUGUGCGGUGUAAUCCGGCCUCCACCCCUGCAGAUGGAUUUGGACAUGUCUGUGCUGCUGGAUGGGUCUGAUAACCUGAACACUCAACAGUAUGUAAACACGAAGGAGCUCCUGCUGUCUCUGUUGGACCGGAUCGGUGUGAGCAGCGAGCCGAGCAGAGCCGACGGAAAAACCAGAGUGUCCGUCUACCAGCAGAGCUCCGUUUACGGCUCAUCUUACAUCAGCGAGGAGUUCAGCUUCACUACAUUUAAAGAUCGCAAUAUCAUGAAGAGGCAUAUUACUAACACAGUGAAGCAAGUGGGCGGGACAUCCCAUCCUGAGUUUGCUUUGGAGAGGCUGAUUACUAACAUUAUCCUUAAAGCAGAAAGACCACGAAGCAAACGAAUGGUCAUGGCUGUUUUUGGUGAAGAUUCGGAGCACAGCAAAGCUCAGCUUGAUUAUUUGUCUAGACUGUGUAAGUGUCAGAAUGUUGUGAUGUUUAUCCUCAUGGCGGGACAGAGAUUCGACUGGACACAGAUGGAGGAGCUCACCAGUUCUCCUCUGGAGCAGCACCUGGUGUUCCUGGAUGACAGAGAUUAUGGCACACGCUUCGCUUACGCCUUCCUGCAUAUGCUCCACAGAGGAAUCUUAUCCCGGUCAUCAAUACAGACUCGUGAUUGUCGUGGUUUUGUGGUGAGGCCUGUUGACUCUGGACCACAAACCACAGAGAGAGAUAUUCUGCCCACUGAAGCGCCCACCGAAGAGCCCUUCAGAACAGAGGAACCUCUGGAGGAAUAUGAAGAUUUUUAUGAUCAGCAAAACACAGAACCAAUCAUGGAACCCAGUGAAUAUGAUGACACUGAACAAUUUACAGAAGAGCAUAAAAAGGACAAAACGGAGCCCUCAAAGACUAAAGCACGAUGCUUCCUUGAGAAAGAUUCAGGCGGUGCUUGUGGAUCGUAUAUGUCCAGAUGGUAUUACAGCCAGCAGACUAAGAAAUGCAUGCACUUCUGGUACGGUGGUUGUGGCGGAAAUGAAAACCGAUUCUUGACAGAGGAUGAGUGCUUUAGGGAAUGUGUGUCUGCAGAAUCUGAAAAUCUUCAACAGGAUGAUUGCAGUUUCAAGGAUGUUUGCCAGCUCAAACUCGAUGCAGGAACUUGCUCAAACUUUUCAAUGAAAUGGUUUUUCGAAGUCCGCAGUGGUGAAUGUGUCCAGUUCUGGUACGGAGGCUGUGACGGGAACAGCAACAGGUUCAACACUCAGGAGGACUGUGAGAUUCGCUGUCUCAGGGCCAAAAAAUAUCUCCAAACAUCUAAACUGUGAUACAGUCAUGGUGAGAAUUGUUGGCACCCUUGGUAAAUGUGAACAAAGAAACAUGUGGGAAAAAAUCGGCAUUAAUCCCUUUGAUCUAAGGGAAUUUAAAGAAGGGAAUAAGAAUUUAAAAUGGAGGGAAAAUCUCAUUAUGAAAUAAAUGUCUUUCUCUAAUACACAUUG